CAUGGAUGAGGAAAUUUCAGAGCAGCACAUUUUUCCAUUGCAUAUUUUCCACACUGUCAAAAGAUACUGUGAACUUAAGAAACUCCUGUCAGGCAUCACCGUAUGCAAGGCAGGGGCACACCAAAGGAAGAAGUCAGUUGCCUCAACCUCUCAAGAGGAGGAAUAUUAAACACUCAGCCUUAAAGAAAGAUUGCACGUUGGAACGUCACAUUCAAGUGCAAAGAAUGCAGAAACUCUUGCCCCACACUGGUGAGGCAAGGGCUGUCCCAUUUGCAAGGCUCCUACCAAAUCCAUCACUAUGGUCUAAGGGUGGAGUAAAAGCCCUUGUGAUACCAUGCUGUGUCUGGGUCAUGCCUUGCUGAUUUUCAGCAGCAAAGCAUAAAGAGCAACUGCCUCUUGCAUGCUGUCGGUGGUUUGUUUAAAUAGUGACAUGUGGCCCUGCACUGCCAGGGAAAAGUCUGUAGAGGGUCCCUAGCUGCAUUCCGUGUUUGAUCACUUGAGCCCCAGAGCAAAACAAACCUCAUUUGCUCUUGUAAUUCUGCAGCCUGUUCUGCCAGCUGCUCCUUCAAGUGGCAUUCCAGCUGCACCCUAUAGCAAGCAGCUGCUUUGGGCCUAGGGCGACAGGCAGGAAAAGGGAAGGCAGGAUGGGCCAUGUGGGUGGGAAAUGUCCUGCCAGACCGAAGAUGGAUGUCCUCCUCUUGGGGCAGCCAAGCUUUCCAGCCCUCCUUGAACACUGCAUAGAAAGUACAAUAACGAGUCCAUGACAUCUUAUCACUGUAGCCAGAACACAGGGCCUUUUGUACUGUGUGUUGGACAUGUUUCUCCUGGUUAAACAAGGGCACACAUCUGCACGUGGGCAGAAGGCUCCGGUGCAGUACCUUCUGAGACGGAGUAGUGUGGCAAAUGCUUUUAGUGGUUUAAACUGGUUAUGGAAUGACAGCCUUCAGAUAAGAGUCCCCAGUGGAAAUUUGAUUGUUGAGGAUAAAUACUGCUUUAUAUGGGUGUGCACUUUCCAGCACUUGACUCUGCAAUGGGAAAAGGAGCAGAGCUGGGGAGAGAGCUGCUCCCUGAGCUCACCCACAAGGGGCGGAGCCAGCAGGGGUGAUGUCAUGAGGAGGGAGGUGAGGUCACACAAGAAGUCCUUUCCUGUUGGUCCCUGACACUCCAGGAGAGUCCUUGCUCCUGUUGCCCAGGUGAUCAAAGGGCCAGAGCCUGCACAAGGACAGCAGCUGAGCACAAGCACCUCUUCCAAGGAGCCACCUUGCCGCAGACAAGGCUUGGCCAGGCCUAGGCAACCUGAUUCCAGAGACAGGAACCAACACCGAGGGCCAUCAAGGAAAGCAAAGACAGGCAGAGAAGGCAGACAGGGCACGGGAAGACGUACGGUGCAGAGACCGGCAGGAGCAAGCUGCAAGCAACAUGUCUGGAGCAGAGGACAGCUACACGGUGUCAGAGCAGGAGACAGAAUCUGAAGCAUCAUCUUCUGAGGCUCCCUCUGAACGCAGCAAAGCGAAGGUCAAAAGAUGCUACUCCUCCCGCUCCUCCCGGGCUGGGCUGCUCUUUCCUGUGAGCCGCGUGGAGAGGCACCUGCGCAGAGGCCACUUUGCUAAGCGCUUUGCAGCCAACGCCCCCGUCUAUCUGGCUGCGGUGAUGCAGUGUGUGACGCACGAGCUCCUGGAUGUGGCUGGCGAGGUUGCCAAGAAGAGCAACCAGCGGCGCAUUUCUCCAUCACACUUGAAGAUGGCGGUGCAAAAGAGCUCCGCACUCAAGAAACUCCUGCAAGACAGCAUGCUCAGGCACUGUGGCAGGGCUGUCCUCCAAAGCGAACGCGUGGCCCCACUUUCCAGAAAGAAGAUGAGCAAGAAGGGGAAGAGCUCCAGGCCACGGGCUGCACGUGCCUACGCCACAGCUGCUGCCAAGUGAGAAGAAAGCAGAAGCACUUGCCUCCCACCAGCAAGAGAAGGCAAGGACUGUCAUGUUUGCAAGGCUCUGGCCAAAUCCAUCUCUGUCAUCUAAUGGUAUA